UCUGCGCGAGUAGCAACGCCCCCGAGGAGGGCGGGUCAGCUGUCUCCGCGCAUGCCCGGUGCGUGCGCAGUGCCGGCGGCGGCGGCGAUAGUCAUGGCGGCUCGGUGUGUGAGGCUGGCGCGGCACAGCCUCCCGGCUUUGGCGCUGUCUCUCAGGCUGUCUCCUCGGCUGCUGUGCACUGCUACGAAACAGAAGAACAAUGGCCAGAACUUGGAAGAGGAUGUGGGUCAAAAUGAACAGAAGCCAGAUACUCCCUCUCCAGAGAAGAUACUCAUGGACGAGAAGGUCAAGCUAGAAGAGCAGCUGAAGGAGACUGUGGACAAAUAUAAGCGAGCUUUGGCAGACACCGAGAACUUAAGGCAGAGGAGCCAAAAAUUGGUGGAGGAGGCAAAAUUAUAUGGCAUCCAGGGCUUCUGUAAGGACUUGCUGGAGGUCGCGGACAUCUUGGAGAAGGCGACACAGAGCGUCCCAAAGGAGGAGGUUAAAGACGACAACCCUCACCUGAAAAACCUCUACGAGGGGCUCAUAAUGACUGAGGUCCAGAUCCAGAAGGUGUUCACGAAGCACGGCUUGCUGCGGCUGAACCCCGUGGGGGCCAGGUUCGACCCCUACGAGCAUGAGGCCCUGUUCCACACGCCGGUGGAGGGGAAGGAGCCCGGCACGGUGGCGCUGGUCAGCAAAGUGGGGUACAAGCUGCACGGGCGCACCCUGAGGCCCGCCCUGGUGGGGGUGGUGAAGGAGGCUUAGCGGCCCCGCGAGGGCUUCGCUGGGGUCUUUGUAAUCACUCGCUGUAACUCUUGAAAGGCUGGUUCAUCCGCUCUCUGAAUACUUCCUGACCCUUCCCAGUCCUUGUUGGAAAGCUCUAGUAACCAGUGGCUAAACAGAAAAUUAAGCCGGUUGUGCAGAUGCGUGAAUGAACUUUAAUUCGGGAGUCUGUUCGUUGGUUUUUAAUACACCUUAAUCGCUGCACACACUUAGAGAACAGGCCGGCGGGACACGACUGGACCCUAGAGAGUCCCGAAUCACACUCUAGCUGCUCACAGCCCGGCGACGCCCAAGUACCACAAAUGACUCAGAUGUCUUCGGGAACCCCACUGUCGGGCUGGCUGCCACCCGGGCUCGCCGGGUCCUGCGGCCCACUGUGGCACACGGGGUCCUGCGUGCUCAGCCCGUCCCUUCGUCCAGUGAAGGGAAGGCGAGAGCUUACGUGUGUCCCUCCUGCUCAGAGUAGGUUUCACCGCGCUCUUGCUGAAGAGCAUACAUGAGUCCAUUCAUAAUUCGUUACCGUCUGGCUGCGAAAGUGCCCGACUUCCGGCUUUCUUCCGGAGAUGGGAAGUGAGCACAUGCACCUGAACAGGUCUCACCACCUCAUUUUCCCAGUUAUUGAAUUUGACAAAAAACCAAUCACUUUUGCCCUGUUGUUCAUCUAUUUGUAGAAAUGUUCAGAUCGCUAUGAGCUAGUUACUGAUGAUGGCCUGAAGGUAUUUUCCCUAGUAAGAUGGACUUGCUCAAAAUCCAAGGAUUGCAUACUUGGUACAUUUUAAAUGUUAAUGUUUAAUUUUUAAAUUUUAUUUAAGAGGAUUAAAGCCCUAAUAUGUUUACUUUCCUACUUUCUGGAAACUAUUUUGUGGACUUUGGUGGAGGAGGUCCACCUACACUGAGCAUGACUUAGCUUCCCCGUUCUCGGCUCAAAUCCUGAAGCCGUGUGCUUGCCGCUUACAUGCUUCCACGCGCGCACACAUGUCAGCUUCCCCGUGGGAAGGGAGAGGAGGAACCGGGCCUCUGCUGGGGACAGAUGUCCCUGCCCACAGCCCUGGGGAGGGGAGCAGGGAGGGGCCUGCACGCACUCAGAGCCGCAGUAAGAUCACCCAGUCUGCACCGCACCAUGGGCCCCUCCAGGCCUCAUUCGCAGAGUCGAGAGAGCAUCUGUUGACAAACCAGAGGACAUCCAGCCUUGCGGUCUGCUGCGGAGAGGUGUUUCUAGGAUUGAAGGUCAACGCUGUUAAAUUCAUCUGUCGCAUAAGGUGGGGCAGUUUACUUUGCUUGUUUUUUGAAAGAUGUAGGUAGUAUUCCCAUAAUUAAAAAUUUAUACUAUUUCAAA